UCAAAGCGGGAACCUAAAAUAUCAGAGAUUAAAAAAAAAAAAAAAAAGUUCCUGAAGAGCCGCGCGAUGCGCAAUCCCCUCCCCGCCGCGUUACAUGCGGGAGGAUGAGAGCCGGUCGGCCUGUGUCUAGACCGGGACAUGACGGCAAAGUAACUUGUACGCCGCUUGCCGAUUGUUCGUAGAGUUAUCCAGGACGGCAGAGCGGGGAUGGAGGCGAGGGCCGGAGGAGACGGGGAGCCCAAGUGCCAGGUGGCAAGAGAGGAGCAGGGCUCCGCGAGGAGGAAGAAGAAGCGGAGGAAAAGCAAGGAGAACAAGGCGAGGACGGUCCGCUCCAACCUGCUCUAUGAGGCGACCGGCAAGACGGCGGCGGAGAACCCCAACCGGCAGUAUGCCUGCAACUCCAUCAAGACCACCAAGUACACGGCGCUGUCCUUCCUGCCCAAGAACCUAUUCGAGCAGUUCCACCGCCUGGCCAAUGUCUACUUCGUCUUCAUCGCCCUGCUCAACUUCGUGCCCGCCGUCAACGCGUUCAAGCCCGAGCUGGCACUGGCCCCGGUGCUCUUCAUACUGGCUGUCACCGCCAUCAAGGACCUGUGGGAGGACUACCGCCGGUACCGCUCCGACAAGGAGAUCAACCACAUGGACUGCCUGGUGUAUUGUAGGAAUGCGAGAAAAUAUGUGGAGAGAUUCUGGAAAGAAGUGCAAGUUGGUGACUUUAUACAGCUGCGCUGCAAUGAGAUCAUCCCUGCUGACGUACUUCUGCUCUCAUCCAGUGAUCCAGAUGGGCUCUGUCACAUAGAAACUGCUAAUCUGGAUGGUGAAACCAACCUGAAACAAAGACAAGUAGUAAAGCAAUUUUCAGAACUGGAAUCCGAGUUUGAUCCUAUGAAGUUUAACAGUGUUAUUGAAUGUGAGAAACCAAAUAAUGAUUUGAGCAGAUUUCGUGGUUACAUGAUCCAUAAAAAUGGGAAGAAAUCUGGUCUUUACAAGGAGAAUCUUCUGUUAAGAGGAUGUACACUUAGAAACACAGAAGUUGUCUCUGGAAUAGUUGUCUAUGCAGGCCAUGAAACCAAAGCUUUAUUAAACAACAACGGACCUCGUUAUAAACGUAGUAAGCUGGAAAGGCAGAUGAAUACAGACGUCUGCUGGUGUGUGCUGAUACUGCUAGUUAUGUGCCUGCUUUCUGCCAUCGGUCAUGCACUUUGGGUAUGGCAGUAUGGAGAAAAAAGACCAGUUUUCGAUGUCCUGGGGAACGAUGGGAAUUAUGUGAAGCCACUUCUAUCUGCAGUAUAUUUAUUUUUUACCAUGAUCAUUGUUUUACAGGUGCUCAUUCCAGUGUCUCUUUAUGUUUCCAUUGAAAUUGUUAAAAUCUGCCAAGUAUAUUUUAUUCACCAAGAUAAGGACUUAUAUGAUGAAGAAACAGACUCUCGUCUUCAGUGUCGAGCUUUGAACAUCACUGAGGAUUUGGGUCAGAUACAGUACAUCUUCUCAGACAAAACUGGAACACUAACUGAGAAUAAAAUGGUAUUUAGAAGAUGCACGGUCUCUGGAAUAGAGUAUUCCCAUGAUGCCAAUGCGAAGCGUUUAGCAGCCUAUCAGGAAGUAGAAUCUGAAGAAGAGGAUGCUGUGCCAAAAUCAGGGACUCUCCCGCGACGGGACAGCAGUGGCAGUCAUCACAGUGUUAAAGUGAUCCAUAGAAGUCAAAGUACCAAGACUCACCGACGUACAGGCAGCAGAGCCGAGGCUAUGAAAGCUAGCAUCCUCUCCAAGCACACAGCAUUCAGUAGUCCCAUGGAAAAGGACAUCACUCCCGACCCAAAGCUACUGGAAAAGGUCCAUGACUGUACGAAAGCCCUGAAAAUAGUGAGAAACCAUGAAGGUCUCUUCUCCCAGUUGACGCCAGAACUGAUGGAUGUACUUGACUUUUUUGUUGCCUUGACUAUUUGCAACACAGUUGUUGUAACUGCUCCAAAUCAACCGAGGCAGAAGGUGAGAGUUCGAUUUGAACUGAAAUCUCCAGUUAAAACCAUUGAAGACUUCAUCCGGAGGUUUACACCCAGCAGGCUUACUUCUGGAUCAAACAGCAGCAGUUCAUCAAGUCUUACACCUAGCAAAUCUAUGCAAAGGGUUGGGUCCAGUAUCUUAUCCUCGACCUCCACUGAGGGCAAUUUUAUCAAGCUGGAAGGGCAACUGUCCUGCUCUCCACAGAGCAGUGUAAGUGGGCAGACAUCUCAGCUGGGCAGUAAAGGAACAGAAGACGGACCUGAAGGAGAGUUGCGCUUUGAAGCAGAGAGUCCUGAUGAAGCUGCACUUGUAUAUGCUGCUAAAGCAUAUAAUUUUUCUCUGGUUGGUAGACUGUCUGACCAAGUAACGGUGGAAUUACCCCAUUUGGGGCGGUUAAACUUUGAACUCUUGCACACCCUGGGGUUUGACUCAACCAGGAAAAGGAUGUCUGUUGUGGUUAGACAUCCAAUUACAGAUGAAAUUGUUGUUUACACUAAAGGCGCGGACUCGGUGGUUCUGGAUCUCAUUGAGCCAAGUUGUAAAGACAGUUCUGUGGGAAAGUACCAAAGACGAAUUCAAGCCAAAACUCAAAACUACUUGAACUGUUAUGCGGUUGAUGGAUUACGUACUUUGUGUAUAGCAAAACGAGUCCUCAGUAAGGAGGAGUACGCCUGUUGGUUGAAAUUUCAUUUACAAGCAGAAUCCUCAUUAGAGAAUCGUGAAGAGCUACUGUUUCAAUCUGCAGUUCGCCUGGAGACCAAUCUGCAUUUGCUGGGAGCUACAGGCAUAGAAGACCGCUUACAAGAUGGUGUACCAGAAACUAUUACAAGACUGCGCAAAGCUGGACUGCAAAUCUGGGUUCUGACUGGAGAUAAACAGGAAACUGCUGUAAACAUAGGCUAUUCCUGCAAGCUUCUGGAUCACGACGAUGAUCUCAUUACUCUUAAUGCAGAAUCUAUGGAAGCCUGUGCUGCUUUGCUUGACCAGUGUUUGCACUAUGUGGAGUCGAAGGUUCCAAAUGGCUCAAAGGAACGCUCUGCUUGGAAUGUUGACUUUGGUUGUUCAUUGUCUCCAUCUACAAAGCACCCAAAUCUUGGACUUGUUAUUGACGGUAAAACAUUAGCCUUUGCACUAGACUCAAGUCAAUCGGACAAGUUUAUUUCACUGGCACGAAAAUGCCGAUCUGUUCUCUGCUGUCGAUCUACUCCACUCCAGAAGAGCAUGGUAGUAAAGCUUGUUCGAGACAAGCUCAAAGCUAUGACUUUAGCAAUAGGCGAUGGAACCAAUGAUGUCAGCAUGAUACAGGUAGCAGAUGUUGGUGUUGGAAUAUCUGGUCAGGAAGGAAUGCAGGCAGUGAUGGCCAGUGACUUUGCUGUUCCGAGGUUCCGAUACUUGGAAAAGCUGCUGCUUGUUCAUGGCCGAUGGUGUUAUUCUCGACUUGCAAAUAUGGUUUUAUAUUUCUUCUAUAAAAAUGCUAUGUUUGUGGCACUUCUGUUUUGGUACCAAUUUUAUUGCGGCUUUUCUGGAUCAACGAUGAUUGACCAGUGGUACCUUAUUUUUUUCAAUUUGCUUUUUUCAUCCAUUCCACAACUGGUUACUGGAAUUCUUGAUAAAGACCUACCGGCUGAAAUGUUGAUCGCUGUUCCUGAGCUGUAUAGAAGUGGACAGACGAUGGAGGAGUACAAGCCUCAUAUGUUUUGGCGAAACAUGAUUGAUGCUUUCUAUCAAAGUCUUAUGUGUUUCUUCAUUCCAUAUUUUACUUUCUAUGAUUCUGAUAUUGAUUUGUUCACAUGGGGUACCCCGAUAGUCACUUGUGCUCUUUUCACCAUCAUGCUGCACUUGGGCAUUGAGACCAAAACUUGGACUUGGAUCAAUGUGUCCUCCAUUGCCUUCAGUAUGCUCCUAUUUUUCACUGUGGCUUUGAUUUACAAUUCAGCCUGUCCAACGUGCAACCCCCCUUCAAACCCAUAUUGGACUGUGCAGAAACUCCUCACCAAUCCUUUGUUUUAUUUUAUUUGCAUCUUGUCACCCAUCGCUGCUUUGUUACCAAGGUUUUUAUAUAAAUCUAUCCAGGGGACAAUAUUUCCAACACAAGUUCAGGUUGGACGUCAGGUGUUGAAAGCACAUCCCGAAUGUCUGUCUCUUUUCAGUAAACAGACUUCUAUCACAUCAUCUGUUCCUGAAAGGCAAAUAAAUACCACCAUGUCCACUGUAAGUGACUUCCAUCCAGUUAGGAACCAAGCAGAAGCUAACUUGGACCAAGAGAGAGAAACUCAAAUUCUGUACUUUCCGAACAAAGAAGGAACGGUGCCAGCAGAGAGUGUCCUCCUCUCUGUGAAGGAAAAGGACCCAUCUCUUAGUAGUUUCCAGCCAUAUACUCUUGACUCCUCUACAGCAUCAGAAGCUAUGUAUGUGGAUGACAUGAUCCGAUGGAGUUCUAAGAUGGACCAGUCGGACAUUGGUUUGAGCUGGAUAACAUCUACUCCAUUAUUAAAGGACUCUAGUAGACCAAAGCAAAUAUCAGCUGUUCAGGAGGCUUCGAAAGAUUUCUCUAUGUUGCCGUCUGAUUUAUGUGUUUCUAAAGACUCAAAAGUAAGAUGCAAUACCAGCAUUUCCGAGAGAAUAAUUAGGAGCACGGGGAAUGGGGAAGUGCAAGAGACAACAUUUUUAUAAAUGAAUGUGUGUAUGUGUGUAAAUAUAUACUGUAUAUAUAUUUGAGACACUAUUUAUAUUUUCUACUUUGCACAGUAUUUUUAGGUAAUUUACCUUGCUCCAGAAUCUGAAGCAGGUGAUUAGCGGUACAGAACUGUUUUCUGUUUUAUGUAAAUAACCUGUUCCGAAAUUAUAUUAGAGGUUUAUGGGAAAAAAAAGCUGUAUAAAGAAUUUUUAACUGGUUAACUGGCUUUACCAAACUUCUGAAAGAUACAAAAGAGAAAUUUAUUUGUAGAGUUCAAGUUUAUAUUUUAUUUGACAUAUUGUGCAAUUACUUCCCAGGGUGCCUGUCAUCUGGAAGAACUACCUGUCAUUUACACUGAUUUGAUAGAGUGAAAGUACCUGAUAUGAGAAGGAAAUGCAAUAAUUUACAUGCAGUUAAAUACAAAAUGAGCGUGUCAUGUGUAAAGUGAGCGUGCAGCUGUAUACCUUAAGUAGAACACCAGCACAUCCUUGGAUAAUGGGUGAUCUGAACACUAAGGCCCCUUUCACACGGGCGAGUUUUCCGUGCGGGUGCGAUGCGUGCGGUGAACGCAUUGCACCCGCACUGAAUCCUGACCCAUUCAUUUCUAUGGGGCUGUGCACA